UCCCUCCCUCUCUCUCAAAAACCCAAAAAAGAAAAAAAGAAAAGAAAAAGAAACUAGAAAUGGGUCUUGUUACUUGCUCCUGUUUUGGUUAAUCAAUAAUCUGCUUUUGCUGUUUUAUCUAUCAUUUCCUAUUCUUCUCUCUAUUCAGACCAACGAAGGGGAAGGAAGAGAAGGAAUCUCUCUCUCUCUCUCUCUCUCUGAUUUCUUUCUUUCUUUAUUUAUUAAUUUUAUUAUUAUUAUUUUCAGUGCUAAAGGAUGAGAUUCGAACUGGGUUUUGUUUUUGCUUGAAGACAACAGAAACCCACCUCAGAAAAGAAAAAGAAGAUUUUUUGGAGGACCAUGUGUUUGAGUGUUUUCAGCAAAAAAACUGUAUUUUUUGCAGUAGUGUUUUGCCUCCCAAGUUGAAAAAAAAACAGUGGAAAACUGCAAAUGCUAGUGAUUUUUCAAGCUCUCUUUCCAUAAAGAUCAAAUCUUUCUUGUUGGGUCUGGCUUUCUGUGCAAGAUUAACAGAAACCCACCUGAAUUUUUAUUUUUUUUUAAAAAAACAAAAGCAAAAAAGAAAAAAAAAAAAACAGAUUUUUCUGCCGAAACUUGUUUCUAUGAGUUGCCUUUUGGUCCCUGAACUACAAAACCAGGGUGGUAUUGCACAAAACCAGUCAGGAAUACCACAUCAAGAGGCCUGCUACUGGUAGUUUAUAAUUUCAAGCUAUUAUCUUUUAGCUCUUUUACCAAGGGUUGGAGAUUUACCUGCUUUCUAGAACAAAAGCAGAUUUAUUUAUUUAUUUAUUUUUAAAGUAUCUGGGUUCUGAUUAUUGGGCUGGAAAAACCCAGAAUCUGAAAUCCAGGUGGUUUGGAUUUUGAAUUUUGGAAAGGGAGUGUUAUGUGUUGGGCAUGGCUACUGGGCUCCAAAACCAGGAGGAAGUGCCAGAAAACCAGCUGAAGAAGAAGCUUGCUGCUGCUGUUAGAAGUGUUCAAUGGAGCUAUGCAAUCUUUUGGUCCAUUUCUACCAGACAUCAAGGGGCGUUGGAAUGGGGUGACGGGUAUUACAACGGCGACAUCAAGACACGAAAAACGGUGCAACACAUGGAGCUCAAUGCCGAUGAGAUGGGAUUGCAGCGUAGUGAGCAACUGAGCGAGUUAUACGAAUCCCUUUCGGCGGGGGACAACAACCAACAGGCUAAGAGGCCGUCUGCCGCCUUAUCUCCUGAAGACCUCACAGAUGCCGAGUGGUACUACUUGGUUUGCAUGUCCUUCAUAUUCAAUCCUGGCCAAGGGUUGCCGGGAAGGGCAUUGGCAAAUGGGCACCAUAUCUGGCUACAUAACGCUCCGUAUGCCGAUAGCAAGGUUUUCACACGCUCGCUUCUAGCAAAGAGCGCAUCUAUUCAGACUGUGGUGUGCUUUCCCCUAAUGGGCGGUGUGCUGGAGUUGGGCACGACCGAGCUGAUCUCAGAAGACCCUUCUCUCCUUCAAACUGCAAAAACCGCCUUUCUGGAGUUCCCUAACCCCGUCUGCUCUGAGCAAUCUGCUUGUAGCCCCCAGAAAGCAGACAAUGACGAAGAUCUCACAGGCGCCGAGCUUGAUCAAGAGACGGCCAAUAAUGCUCUUGGGGCUGAAUGCGAGAUGCUCUCGGAGGGCGGUGGGGGGGGCCACGCGUUUCCGCUAUCCUGCCCAUCCUACCCGUCGAAAGAAGAAAGAGAGAAGGACCCGGAAAAGAUCGAAGAGCCAAAGACAGGUUCUUGCAAUGACAGCUCAAACGGGUGUUGCCCACAUCAGCACACGGAUGACUCUUUCAUGCCCGACGGGCUGAAUGGCACCGCCUCCCAAGUCCAAAGCUGGCAGUUCGUGGACGACGAUUUCAGCAACGGCCUGCAUGGGUCUGUGAAUUCGAGCGACUGUAUAUCUCGCUGCCACGUCGUGAAUCCGGAGAAGGCCGUUGCCACUCCCAAGGGGGGGAAUGUAAAUAACCUCCUGCAUGAUCUACAAGAGUGCAAUCACACAAAGCUCGGGUUGUUGAACCUCGAAAGGGACAACUCGCACUACUCGAGGACCCUUUGUGCUAUCUUCGGGAACGCUAACCGGCUGGGCAUGAAGCCUUACUUCCACAAUGGUUCUUGUGAGUCCAGCUUCGCGGCUUGGAGGAAAGACUCGGACGCUCAGAAGCCGUCGUUGAUUGGUGGGUCCCAGAAAAUGUUGAAGAAGAUCUUGUUUGACGUCACAUGGAUGCAUGGCGGUUGCUUGCCAAAGAUCCAUGAAGAGCUUGGCUGCAAGCUAUGGAAAAUCGAAGCAGGCAAUAUCAGUGUGAAUCACGUUCUGUCAGAGAGGAGGCGGAGAGAGAAGUUGAAUGAGAAGUUCCUGGUUCUCAGAUCAUUGAUUCCAUCAAUCAGCAAGGUUGACAAAGCAUCCAUCCUAGGCGACACAAUUGAAUACCUCAAAGAACUUGAAAGAAGGGUGGAAGAGUUGGAAGGCUGCAAGGAGUUUACAGAAUCCGGAGCGAGAGAGAGAAGGAAACAUCCGGACAUUGUCGAGAGAACGUCCGACAACUAUGGCAACAAUGAGAUAGUCGCCAACGGGCAGAAGCUGUCCAUAAAUAAGAGGAAGGCAUGUGACAUCGACAAAGCGGCGGAUGUCGAGCUCAAUUGGGUCUUGUCCAAGGAUUGCUUGGCGGACAUGACCGUCACAAUCAUUGAAAAGGAGGUCGUGAUUGAGAUGCGAUGUCCGUGGAGGGAAUGCCUGCUGAUCGAGAUUGUGGACGCGAUAAGUGGGCUCCACUUGGAUGCGCACUCCGUGCAAUCAUCCACCAUUGAUGGGGUUCUCACCCUUGCAUUAAAAUCAAAGUUUAGGGGAGGAGCGGUAGCAUCGGCGGGGAUGAUCAAACAAACACUUCAGAGAGUUGUCAGCAAGUGUUGAUGACCGUUGCUUUGGUGGGCCACUCUCACUAAUUAGCUGAUAGUUGUAAGUUUGCUCAAGUUGCUGAGAAUUUCCUUCUUCCUGGCAUACAUUACUCUGCAUAAACACAUCUUCAUGUCCUUUUUUGUUCCUCCCCAAUGCCAAUGUUCUGUAAUUUCUUCA